UUUGAAGCGGGCUGAGCGCCGCGAUCCCGCUCAGAGCCGCCGCUGCCCGCCAUGGUGCAGCCCGAGGAGCAGGCCCGGCUGUACCGGCCGCGGCCCGAGCUGCUGCCGGCGGCUCACGUCACCUCGUUGCCGGAUUACAGGCGGCUGUACCGGCGCUCCGUGGAGGAGCCGCAGGAGUUUUGGGGUGACAUCGCCAAGGAGUUCUACUGGAAGCAGCAGCACUCGGGGCCGUUCCUCAGGUACAACUUCGAUGUGACCAAGGGGGAGAUCUUCGUCGAGUGGAUGAAAGGGGCGAAGACCAACAUCUGUUACAACCUCCUGGAUAGGAACGUCGGUGAGAAGAAACUCGGCGACAAAGUGGCUUUUUACUGGGAAGGGAAUGAACCAGGGGAUUCUAUGAAGAUCACAUAUGGCGAGUUGCUGCGCAAAGUCUGUCAGUUUGCCAAUGUCCUCCGUAACCACGGUGUGAAGAAAGGUGACCGAAUUUCCAUCUACCUGCCCAUGAUCCUGGAGCUGGUCAUAGCCAUGCUUGCCUGUGCCAGGAUUGGAGCCAUCCACUCUGUUGUGUUUGCAGGUUUCUCCGCAGACUCUCUUUGUGAGCGGAUCCUUGACUGCGGUUGCUCCCUCCUCAUUACAGCAGAUGCCUUUUAUCGAGGGGACAAGCUGGUCAACCUGAAACAAAUUGCAGAUGAAGCCCUCCAGAAGAGCAAAGACAAGGGCUUCCCUUUGAAGAAGUGCAUUGUGGUGAAGCACCUUGGACGGGAGGAGUCAGCUGAUGGGGCAUGCAGCCAGUCUCCUCCUCUCAAAAGGCUGUGCCAGGAUGUGCAGGGAGCAAUGUCUUUCCUGUGCUAUAGCUGUAGCAGUGGAAACAGAAGAGAGAAACAGAAGGAAAAAAAGUCUGAGAGCUCACAGAGACUCCAUCCCAAGAUCCCCUGGGAUCCACACGUGGAUGUGUGGUGGCAAGAUCUAAUGAACGGUGCCAGCACGGAGUGUGAGCCUGAGUGGUGCGACUCAGAGGAUGAACUCUUCAUCCUCUACACAAGUGGCUCAACUGGGAAACCCAAGGGUGUGCUGCAUACGGUGGGUGGAUACAUGCUUUAUGCUGCCACUACAUUUAAGUAUGUCUUCGAUUACCAGCCUGAGGACAUCUACUGGUGCACAGCUGACAUUGGAUGGAUAACAGGCCAUUCCUACAUCACAUAUGGACCCUUGGCAAAUGGGGCAACUAGCAUAUUAUUUGAAGGUAUCCCCACCUACCCGGACGCUGAGCGAAUGUGGAGUAUCAUUGACAAGUACAAGGUGACCAAGUUCUACACGGCACCCACAGCCAUCCGGCUGCUGAUGAAGAGUGGGGAGGAGCCCGUCAAAAAGCACAGCCGGAAGUCUCUGAAGGUGCUGGGGACCGUUGGGGAGCCCAUCAACCCUGAAGCCUGGUUGUGGUUCUACCGUGUGGUGGGAGAGGAGAGGUGUCCCAUCGUGGACACGUUCUGGCAGACAGAGACGGGUGGCCACAUGCUUACGCCUCUCCCUGCUGCCACCCCCAUGAAACCAGGCUCUGCUACGUUCCCCUUCUUUGGUGUGGUCCCUGCCAUCAUGAACGAGUCGGGGGAAGAGCUGGAAGGAGAAGCAGAAGGCUACUUGGUAUUUAAGCAGCCCUGGCCAGGAAUAAUGCGCACACUGUAUGGAAACCACCAGCGUUUUGAAACCACGUACUUCAAGAAGUUCCCUGGGUACUACGUGACAGGUGAUGGUUGCAGGAGAGAUAAAGAUGGUUAUUACUGGAUCACAGGGCGAAUUGAUGACAUGCUGAAUGUUUCUGGCCACUUGCUGAGCACUGCAGAGGUGGAGUCAGCUCUGCUCGAGCAUGGAGCCAUCUCUGAGGCCGCUGUGGUCAGCCACCCACACCCCCUGAAAGGCGAAUGCCUCUACUGCUUCGUGACGCUGAAAGAUGGCCAUGAAUUCACCAAGAACAUGAUAGAUGAGCUGAAGAAACAAGUCAGGGAAAAAAUCGGACCGAUAGCAACACCUGAUUACAUCCAGUAUGCACCCAGCCUGCCCAAAACCCGAUCAGGAAAGAUCACCAGGCGGAUACUAAGGAAGAUUGCUCAAAAUGACAGAGAUCUGGGGGACAUCUCCACCUUGGUAAACCCGGGCAUUAUAAACCAGCUUUUCAACAACAGAUGCAACACCAAACUGUAGCAGCAUCACCUCUCCCUGCUGAACAGAACUGUAGCAGCAGUGUCCCAAUGAGCAGGUCCCUCGAGUAACUACUGUCUGCCCUGGGAAAGAAACCUUCACCUGUUGAAAUUGAAUGUACAAAUGUUAAGAGACGAAGGAAGGCUGACCCUGGAGAGGCUGUGUCUUGCCAGUGUGUUCAUGCCUUGGAGGAGCCUGCAUGUCGCAUCAGAGAUGAGUAUCAUGCAUCUGAGGUUUGGCCUCAUUUACACAGGGACUUGUGACUUGUGCUCCUCUGUUUCCAUCACCUCGAUCUUGAUUUUUAUUUGUUUUCUCUUGGGGGGGUGUUGAUUAACUUUAUGUAGUUGAGGGGUCCUGGUGUCCUUCCCUUAGUGUGAAGGAGCUGGGAGCAGGUUGUAGGGGAAGUGGUACUGGAGUUACUUAAUGCAGGCAGGCAAGGGAGGCUCACUUGCCACUGUCCACAUGCUGAGUAAGCUUCCUUUUCUACUCAGAGCUAUGGGAAAACUUAAAAGCACUCUCACAUCAUAAGCACAACUGAAUUUUAGCAUCCACUGUUUUCUAGCUUAGGUCCCAUACCUGAAAGGGAACAAGGCAAGGUUUGGGAGCUCUGUGUUUUAGCUGGAUUUUUUAGAGCUCUUUGGUACCAGGUUCUGCUGUUGCUACCCAUGUAGUGCCAGCUGGUGCAUGUUUCCCAGCGUGGGGUCCUUUGCUGGCUGUGGCCAUGGUCUGGGUGCUUGCAACCCAGCUUACAUGGGCUCAUCCUCACAGAGGCAGCACAGCCAAAUGUUCCUUUUGAGGGCUGGGUCAGGUGUGUGCUGCUGGUACCAAAUGAAGCAGGGCCAGAGCACUGCAGAGGCACCUUUCCCACUGCCAACCAACCAAAUGUGGUGUUACUUCUGCUUAAAUCUGGCAUGACUUGAUGAUGAUGAGAGAAAACAGUAACUCCAGCCCAAGCCUGAACACCAGGACGGUACUACCAAAGCCAAUGUUUCCUCAUCAAGUUGAUUACACUGAACAUCAGCCCUGGAUUGAGCUGGGAAAGAUACCUCCUUGUAAUGUCUGUAUUGAAGUCACACCUGAGCCAUUUGAUUUCUACACUUAAACCAAAGGAGAAAUGAGCUUUAAAUCUUGUUGCAACAGGUUUUACCUUGAAAUUGAGCUGGUGUUUGGCUGGUUGGGGAGGAGGUGGUAACUCUUCCAAAGCUCAGGGCAGCUGUUGUUGCAGGUGCUCUGCAGAGCUGCUGCCCAAGUCUCAUUUCUUGCCUGCUGCUCUCACCAGCAUGGUAUCUGUCUGUGACGUGUAACCUCAGUCGUGCCUGUGUCCCACGUGCCACCCACUGCUCCCUUCCGCAGGACUGUGCCACUUUGACAUGAGUUCCUACAUCUGCUCUCCUCCUCCGUUACUACUGUUGUGUAAUUUUGGCUGGAGACAGCUAGAACUCUAUGCAAAAUGGAAUUAAAAAAUCAAGAAAACAAAACAGAAAUGGGU